CCCUCAGCGCUGUCAUUGGCAGCUGGACCCGGGUACGCGGCGGCUGCGGGGGAAAGGGGGGAGCGAUGGGAGGGGGCGGGAAUUCCCGACUCCAGGCCGGAACCGAGCGGAUACCAUGUAGCGAGACCCUCGGGAGGUCUGAGAAUCACUGGAGCUACCACAGCCACCAUGGGGCCCUGGGGAGAACCAGAGCUCCUGGUGUGGCGCCCAGAGGUGGUAGCUUCGGAGCCCUUAGUUCCUGUGGGGCUGGAGGUGAAGUUGGGGGCCCUGGUGCUGCUGCUGGUGCUCACCCUCCUCUGCAGUCUGGUGCCUAUCUGUGUGCUGCGCCGGCCUGGUGCUAACCAUGAAGCUUCAGCUUCCCGCCAGAAAGCCCUGAGCCUAGUAAGCUGCUUUGCAGGGGGUGUCUUUUUGGCCACCUGUCUCCUGGACCUGCUGCCUGACUACCUGGCUGCCAUAGAUGAGGCUCUCGCAGCCCUGCAUGUGACGCUCCAGUUCCCCCUGCAAGAGUUCAUCCUGGCCAUGGGCUUUUUCCUGGUCCUGGUGAUGGAGCAGAUCACACUGGCUUACAAGGAACAGUCAGGGCCACCACCUCUGGAGGAAACAAGGGCUCUACUGGGAACAGUGAACGGUGGGCCGCAGCAUUGGCAUGAUAGGCCAGGGGUCCCACAGGCAGGAGGAGCCCCAGCAUCCCCCUCAGCCCUGCGUGCCUGUGUACUGGUCUUCUCCCUGGCCCUGCACUCGGUGUUCGAGGGGCUGGCAGUAGGGCUGCAGCGAGACCGGGCUCGGGCCAUGGAGCUAUGCCUGGCUUUACUGCUCCACAAAGGUAUCCUGGCCGUCAGCCUGUCGCUGCGGCUGCUACAGAGCCACCUGCGGGCACAGGUGGUGGCUGGCUGCGGGAUUCUCUUUUCAUGCAUGACACCUCUAGGCAUUGGGCUGGGUGCAGCUCUGGCAGAGUCAGCCGGGCCUCUGCACCAGCUGGCCCAGUCUGUGUUAGAGGGCAUGGCAGCUGGCACCUUCCUCUAUAUCACCUUCCUGGAAAUCCUGCCCCAGGAGCUGGCCACUUCUGAGCAGAGGAUCCUCAAGGUCAUUCUGCUCCUAGCAGGCUUUGCCCUGCUCACUGGCCUGCUCUUCAUCCAAAUCUAGGGGGCUUCAGGAGAGAGGCAGGGGAGAUUCACUAUCGGGUACCCUAUUUUCCUUCCUCUCCCCCAAUGUGUGGGAAUAGGAAGGAAUGCUGAAGGGAAGUACUGAGGACCCAAACAUUCUCUGGGAGGUAGAGAUGGAGCUUUUGGGACUAUCUGAUCAAUGAGAGGGAAGUGGACAGACAAGAGGCUGGCCCCACGCCCAAGGAUCAAAAGAUGGUCAAAUCACUAGAGACAUGAUCAGGGGACAUUAGGAUGGGGGAAGACACUUGACUGCUACAAUCAGAAGAUGGACAGUAUAGAUAAGGGUAGACUGAUACUUGGGGGCGGGGUGCAGGUGGGCACCCAGCUGCUGUGGGAUAGAGGUAUGGAGAGGGCAUAAGCCCAGAGUCAGCAUCCUGUUGGUUCUAGCCCAUUUCAGCACUCUGCCACUUGGAGUGGACCUCUCUGAAUUUUUUUAGCUCCUGCUCUCAUAUCUAUCUCCCUCUUCCCUUUUCCCAGGGGACUAGUGCCGAAUGGACUCUCCCUGCCAGUUUUGAUACCUUCUCUGGCCUCUCCAGUUCUGCUCACUCUGUUUUUAAAGUGCCAAACAAAUCCCUUCUCUCUUUUUCAAAGCACAGUGAUGUGGCACUGAGCCCUGCCCAACACCUCAAUGGAGGAGGCCUGCUUGUUCUUUAUUUUGGUCCCAGAUCCUGGGGUGGGGCAGAAAUGUUUUCUGGGCUGGGGUGGGGGAAGGAUUGGAGAGCUGCAGCCACCUACUGGGACUGUAUCCUGGACCUGGUGCCCCAGGCUCAUAUGAUAAACACUGAACUGCCAAAACGUCUUUUUAUACCCGAGGAGCCCAAGGGUGGAAGGGGAAUGCCCACCCUCGGGGUUAUUUUUGUGGAGGGAGGGUUGUGCCUAGGGCCAUAUUCUCUAAAUCUAUUUUACUAACUGACCUGUUUUGGGACUUGUUACCUAAAUAAAAGAUGUUUCUGUA